ACGCUGCUCUGGCCAUGGGGGCCGCCGCCCGCUCGCCCUCCUCCUCAUCCUCGCCCUCGACCGGCGUCAGCUCAGAGAAGGGCUAGCCCCGGCCCGGCCCCGGGGCCGCGCCCGCCCCCCGCCGCCCGUCAGGGCUCUGCAACUCUUUGCCCAGCCGAGGACCCUCUGCUGCGAUGUAGCAGAGAUUGGCCCGCCACGGGACAGUGAUGCCUUGCCCGGAUCAUGCAGCGAUGGCUGAGGCACCGCUGCCGCUCCGCCUGUCCCCCGGCGCCGCCCCCGAGGCGUGCCGCCCCCGCCCCCGACACCUGCCCCGCUUGCUCCGGCGAUGCCGGUGCCACGGCGGGCCGCCCCAGCCGGCCGCCGCCCCCGGGGGCAGCACCGCCCCCGACCCCGCACCUGCAGAGGCAGCUGCUGCAGCUGCUGCAGGUGCUGGCCGUGCUGGCGGUGGCGGCCAUGCUGCCUGGCUGCUCGGGCGGGCCGCGCUACUCGUCGCGGAUCGUGCAGACCAAGUACGGCUCGGUGAGGGGCGUCAUUGUGCAGCUCAACUCGAGAAGACUGGAACCUGUCGAGGUGUUUCGUGGCGUGCCGUACGCGGCGCCGCCGGUGGGGCCGCUGCGGCUCGCGCCCUCGCAGCCGCCGCCACCCUGGUCCGGCACGCGCCUCGCCGACUCGUUCGGCCCCGUGUGCCCGCAGCGGCUGCCCGUGCCGGACCUCAACAACAAGACGUCGGCGCUGCUGGCCAUGCCGCGCGGCCGCCUCACCCACCUCAAGCUGCUGCAGCCCUUCCUGCAGCGCCAGAGCGAGGACUGCCUCAGCCUCAACCUCUACGUGCCCGGCUCUGGUUCUCGAGGCGCGGACGCGCCCUACCCGGUGGUCGUCUUCAUCCACGGCGAGUCGUACGAGUGGAACGCGGGCUCGCCCUACGACGGCUCCGUGCUCGCCUCCUGGGGCCACGUCAUCGCCCUCACCUUCAACUACCGCCUCGGCAUCCUGGGUUUCUUGCGGACUCGGCUGGGCAGCCAGGACCUGGACUUUGGCACGGGCGACAUCCUGAUGCUGCUGCGCUGGGUGCAGGACAACGCGGCAGCCUUCGGUGGCGACCCGAAGCGCGUCACCAUCCUGGGCCACGACACGGGGGCGGCGCUGGCCAGCAUACUCCUGCUCAGCCCGUUGUCGAAAGGCCUGUUUCACCACAUGGCGCUGGUGUCCGGGUCGGUGUUGAGCCCCUGGGCCACGGUGCAGAGUCCCUGGGACCUGCGUGGGGUCGUCUCUCACCAGAUGGGUUGCCACGUGUCGGCGCCCGGUGACCAGGACCUGGCGCCGUGUCUGCGGCGCCUUCCCCUGGAGGCGCUCCUGUCCGUGUCCGUGGACCCGCCCAGGUUUCUGCCCCGUUUCGGGCCCUCCAUUCCUUUCCCGGGGCUGGACCCCGUGCGCGUCGCACUGGAGAAGGCGGCCGACCCCUUCGUGCGCGUGCCGCUGCUGCUGGGCGCGCACACCACCGAGUCGUACGACGACUUCAACAACCAGGACAUCCAGUACGGCUUCGAGGCGAGUAUACACUCGAGAAACAUAGAGGAAUAA